UACAGGCUGCUGGGGAAGCUCCCCGAUCCCCCAGCAAGCCGGUGCCUGAAGGCCACACGGAGGAGGCCAUCUGGGAGUUCUACCACGGGGAAAGGUGGUGCUGGUGGCCCCUCGGCCCCGGCUGCCGAUGCUCCAGCUCUCCCAGGUCACCUCCUCGCUGCUCAUCAGCAACGCCAAGGCUGCCUGCAACGAGGAGCUGCUCAGGAGGGAGGGAGUCACCUUCUGCGUGAAUGUCACCAGGCAGCAGCCCUUCCCCGACCUCCAGCAGGUCCGGGGCAUCCGUGUGCCCGUGUUCGACGACCCGGCCGAGGACCUGUACCGGUAUUUCGGGCAGUGCAGCGACGCCAUCGAGGAGGCCGUGAAGAGCGGCGGGAGGUGCCUGGUUUACUGUAAGAACGGCCGCAGCCGGUCGGCCGCCGUCUGCACCGCCUACCUCAUGAGACACAGACAGCUCCCGCUCCAGGAUGCCUUCCAGGCUGUGAAGGCUGCCAGACCAGUAGCAGAACCCAAUGCAGGAUUUUGGUCCCAGCUGCAGAGAUAUGAAGAAGAUUUGCAGAUACCAAAGCAGCCUGAUCUGCUGAGCAAAGGACUUAAAAAUAGCAAUGUGUGAAGAUGCUUUAAAGAGAGUUGAGUGGGUUGCUACAGAUUUAAAUAAGUUAAGGGAAAAAAAAGUUACUUCAUACACUUCAUAUAUCUCCUAUAAAUAAAAUGCCUUACCCCCCAAAUGGGGCUGAUUAAAUUAAUUCAGAGCGUGACCACUGAAGGUGCCUGGGAAAGGGGCAGAUAAUCAGGAGAAACAGCAGAAAGGGCUGUAAACAAACCAGAGAAAGGCAUGGCAUCUUCAGCGUCUAUUUCUUCCUGACCAACACUGAAUAUGAUAAAAAUGUAUUGAACGAAUUAAUAAGUUACUACAUAGGGGUUUUACUCUUGGUUUUUAACUGAACUUCUCAGUGACGUUACAAGAAGACCUAAUGCCAGACCAAGGAAGUUUUGAAUUUCUAUCUCUCCUACUGGAUCAUAAUUCACGUUCAUGAGACGACACAAACUUUGGUGAGAAACCAACACUGGAAAUGCUUAGUCUCUGCCUCAGUUCUGCAUUUUCUUUAUGUUCAACAUAGACCAAAAACACCAUCACAAAAUUACCUAAAAACCCGGAGGAAAGAAUAUACAGAGUUCAGCUCCCACCAAGCAAGUUAAGGGUCUUUUCAGCUUUUGAAAUUAUUCUCCAGAAUACCAAAGGAAUGCUUUUAAAAACAAUAGCUGAUAGUGGAGGGUAGAAGAUGACACUGGCAAUCUAAAAGUAAUACUUUUUGCUUUACCUACUAAGUCCAACAAGAUCUGUCAGUGGCCAGUGCAUGUCUUCAUAUGUCAGUUCACAAGUCAGCUGUAUCUGCAUGCAAACGACACGGCUACAUCAUUUCUGCUCAGACUGCUUGCAAGGCACCCUGUGAAACUGUCUACUGGGAUAUCAAGGAACCUGCAUGGAACUUCUAAAUCAGACUACAAUUAUGUUUAUCAUAAGACAUUAAAAGAUGAGAGAAACACCAA